GUUUUUUGAAACCAUCCAAAACUCAAGAACAAAAGCCAGGGCACUCACUCAAAACCGUGCACGUCAACCCGACGCCCACCACGACAAUGUCAACAACCACCAGCACCAACCUCACCAGCACCACCAACCCCUCCCUAACCCCCUACACCACCACCCCGACAAGCUACCUCACCGCCAACCCCACUAUCACCCACCUCGUCGUGGGCGCCCUCAUCCUGCACAACAACAACCGCGUGCUCCUCAUCCAGCGCGCCCCGCGCGACGGUUUCGGGCUGAAAUGGGAAUGUCCCGGCGGGUGUGUCGACACGACAGCCGACCCGUCGAUCGUGCACGCGCUCGUCCGCGAGGUGCGCGAGGAGACGGGGCUGGAGGUGGAGGGUUGUGUGCGGGGCGUGGUGGACGCGCUCGAGUUUGAAGGGGGGAAGGGGUCGCGGUGGAGGAAGAUUACGUUUUUGGUGGUUUUGGAUGGCCAUUGUGAGGGGAAGGGGGAAGAUGGGAGGGAGUUGCCGCCGGUGGUGCGGUUGAGUGAGGAGGAGCAUGUGGGUGCGGUUUGGGCUGGGGAGGGGGAUGUGGUGGAUGGGAGGGUUGGGGGGAGGGAGAUUCAGUUUGCGUAUGACGCGCAAAGGGAGACUAUUUUGGAAGUGUUUCGGAAGGUGAGGGAUGGGGGCGGGUCAGGGACGGAAUAG